AUGUCUUGGAAUGUGAGGGGUCUCAAUACUCAUCAUAAGCAGAGAGAGGUCAAGAAAUUGAUCUCUUAUCAUAAGGUUGGGUUGAUUGGGCUCCUGGAGACAAGGGUCAAGGCUCAUAAAUUGGGAGCUUUGUACCUUCAUAUGUUCUCGGGUUGGUGUUUCACUCCGAAUAAUGCGUGGCAUAAUGGAGGUCGUAUUGUGGCAGAUUGGAACCCUAUUAUGUUUUCGGUCUCUAUCAUUAAGUGUUCUAGCCAACUAAUUCAUCUGUUGGUUAGGCCUCUUGAUAAAGGAACUGGUUUUUAUGUCUCAUUUGUGUAUGGGUUCAACGCAGAGGAAGGGCGGGUUGAGUUAUGGAAGGAACUAUAUGAAUGUUUCACUCUUGAGCCUUGGCUGGUGCUUGGAGAUUUCAAUGAUAUUUUACAUAAGGAUGAGAGGAUUGGGGUGAAAGUAAAGUACAUUAAGUCGGUGACGUUUCAGCAAUGUAUAGAGAAGUGUAAUUUGGAGGAUGUCAAGUCCACAGGAAGUUUCUUUACUUGGACUAACAAACAGCAAGGAGAUGACAGAAUUUACUCUAAAAUUGAUAGAGUUUUGGCUAACCAGAGAUGGCUUGACCACUAUACUGUAGCUGAAGUUAUUUUCUUGAAUGAAGGAAUAUUUGACCACUACCCAGCCAUGUUGUCUAUUUAUCCUGCUGUGGGAAAUGGUAAGAAGCCAUUCCGUUACUUUAAAAUGUGGGCCUCUGCUCCUGACUUCUUUGAACAGGUUCAACAUGAUUGGCAGGGAGUGGUGUUCGGAACCCCAAUGUAUCGAGUUGUGAGGAAGUUAAAACGUUUAAAAACCUUACUUAAGGAGCUGAACAGGAAGGGUUUUAAUGAGCUUCAGUCGGCUCAUAUCAAAGCUGUGCAGGAUCUCAAAGAAUGCCAGGACCAUUUAAAAGGAGAUCUGCUGAAUGAGAGGAUGAUAGUUAAAGAAUCUCAAGCUAGGAAAAACUACUCCGAGAUACACAAACUAGAAAACAGAUUAUCAGUUAACAGGAAUGUGGUUCGGCAUGGGCUGGUUGUGAAUGAUUUGCAAGCUAGGCUUCUGCUAGAGCCUUAUUCUAUGGAAGAGGUAAAGCAAACUGUAUUCUCUAUUCCUGGUAUAAGAGCUCCUGGACUGGAUGGAUAUUGUAGCUAUUUUUUUCAAGACUGUUGGGAUAUUAUUGGGGCUGACAUGAGUGAAGUUGUGCUGUCUUUUCUCCACACGGGCAGUAUUUUAAAGGAAAUCAAUGCUACUACCCUUACUCUCAUUCCUAAGAGUUUAUUGCAAGGAUUGAAAUUAUUCUCCAAGACCUCGGGUUUAUUCCCUAGCGAAGAAAAGUCUGCCAUUUAUUGUGGGGGCAUGGACGAAGCUGAGGUUCAGCGUAUUUUAGAAGCCUCUUGUUUUCAGCGUAGCUCAUUGCCUUUCAGGUACUUGGGAGUGCCUAUUUGUGCUAAAAAAAAUUCUGCCAUGGAGUGUUCGGUUCUCCUUGAGAAAAUGACUGGGCGAAUAAGGCGGUGGAGCACUAGGAACUUGUUUUUUGUAGGGAGGAUCAUUCUUAUUAACUCGGUGCUAAUCUCUAUUCACUCAUAUUGGAGUCAGCUUUUUCUUAUCCCGAAAAGAAUCCUGAAGGAGAUUAAUGCUAUUUGUAGGGCUUUCCUGUGGCACGGGACAACUACUUGUUCUAGCCCAGGAGGGGUCGCUUGGGAGAGAAUCUGUCGUCCUAAAAGGGCUGGAGGGCUUGGCUUCCGAAACAUCCUGGCAUGGAAUAAAGCUGCUCUUGGGAAGUAUGUCUGGGCAAUUUCCUCUAAGAAGGAUGACUUGUGGGUUAAAUGGAUUAAUUCUGUGUAUAUAAAGGAACAGGUUUGGUGGGACUACUCUGCUCCUAUGCAGAGUAGCUGGUACUGGAGGAAAAUAGUUGCUGUCAAGGACACCCUUAAAUCUUUGGUUGAUGAGCAUCAGUUCUCAGGUGCGAUUUAUAGCAUUAAACAGGGAUAUGAUUUAAUUUGGCCAGAAGGUGAUAACUAUCAAUGGAGUAAGGAGGAUUAUACUUGUCUCCUGUGUGGAGUUGAGAAGGAAUCUGUUGCUCAUUAG